AUGGGCGCCGGAAUCCAAGACCUCCUCCUCACCCUCGCCGCCGCUGGCGGUGGCGGACACGGUUCGCACGAGAUGGACUGGUUCGAGAUCGGCAGCACGAUCACGAACGCCAUUCUCUUCUUCGGCUUUCUCGCCUACGUGCUCCGCCCCAUCAUUCGGGACGGCCUCGCCGCGCGCCGCGCCAACAUGGCCAAGCAGCUCGAAGAAGCGAAAGAGAAGCAGGCCGAAGCCGAACAGCGCCUCGAAGAGUACGCGAAGAAACUCGACAACCUCGAACACGAGGUUGAGCGCAUCGUGAACUCGUAUCAAUCCGAAGCCGAGGCCGACGCAGCCCGCAUGAAGGACGACACCGAAAAGGCGAUCAUCCGCAUGCAGCGCGAAUCGGAAUUCACGAUCAAGCAGGAGGUACGGAAGGUGGAGCAGUUCAUUCGUGCUGAAGCCGUCCGCGCCACGAUGGAAGCCGCCGAGCAGCUCGUCAACGAGCGCAUCACGGACGCGGACCGCCGUCGCCUCACCGACCAGUACAUCACCGAGCUCGAAAAGCCGGCGGCCAAAGCCAACUAG